CUUUAUGCGUUUCCUACCCGGAGCCGUUUAUUAGUGCACACGACAACACAAACCCAGAAGUAGCUGGUAGGACAGGAAUAAAGCCACAAUUAUUUGUUUGCUGCAUAUUUUAUUUAGCUUUCAUCAUGGAAGACCAAGAAUUGCAACUCAAAGUCAGACGAGUGAGUGACAAAUUUACUGAAAGCAUGUACGUCCUGGCCAACGAGCCGUCCGUGGCUCUAUACAGACUGCAAGAGCACGUCAGGAGGUCGCUUCCUGAACUGGUGCAACAUAAGACCGACAUGCAAUGCUCGGAGGAGCAAAGUCAAGGAGCCAUCUACUCAGUUGAAUAUGCCUGCAGUGCCGUGAGAAGCAUGGCGAACAGCUGCGUGUAUUUCAAAAACAUCGACGGCCUCCUCCGACAAGCGAUCAGCAUGAAGGAGCAGAUCAGCGCCUCUCAGGGACGCAGUUUGCAUGACGCAACACCUUCCCCCAGUCCCAAUGUUGCUGCCUCACUUGCAUCAUCCACCUCCGCGUGAUGGAGCUGUCUGUCCAAGAAAGAGGACCGUGGAUCCGGCCAAUCCAAGGGACACAGGAGACAGGCUGAACCCUGGAAUGUGACAACACUUUCCGGGCUUUUCUCCUUGGCUCCGCUACCUUUUGAUUUCAGCUGAAACAAGGUCAUAAAGAUCAGAACUCCUACAACCCCCUCAAGCACAAGCUACCAAUGGAACAGCAGGCCCCAGCGCUGCCAGGUUCGGAAUUAAAAACACUUAAGUCAUGGACGCCACUCAAAGGACGCAUUGUUUUCUUGGGGCUUGUUGGACAAGAACUGAACUGCUUGUUUUCUCUCAGUCGGACAUUCAAUUUCCGGUCAUGCACCGUGUUUAGUUGAAAAGUAUCUGUCUUGGUCCAUACCUGCCAAGUAGACACACACUCCGAGGCAGAACAGUCCGACUGCCACAUGUCGCAGGGCUCUGCUGUCCAAAAGAAACCAAUCUGCUCUGUGGACACAAACAUUGCCUUGACUGUACAAAAAAGCUUCAUUGCACCGACAUUUGUUAGACUUUUUAGUUCUAACGAACAAUGCAUUCUAAAGCUCAUUACUAUUCACACUGUCUCACUAGUUCCAGGGGAGAGUGGUUCUGAGGUCGGGGGGGCAAACCGCUGAAUUUGUAAGCCGACGUGGGAAAGAGCUAGCUACAAGCUGUGUGCUGACUACGUAAUGAAAAGGUUAUUGUUUAGACAGGCUUAUUGGAUCGGGUGGCAUUAUUUCAGUGUUGGCCACUGCACAACCACACAACUUUUUUAUUUUUGAAAUUCCACGUUAACCCAUUUUUAUUACAUUGCAUUGUGCGGUGUGUUUACCAACACAUGAUUGUGCAAGUAUGUGACAUUCAUGCUAAAUACAUGUGGUCAAUGACAGAGAGACCUAAAUUAGCUGUUUUCAAAGAGUGGCACAGGGAGUCUCACAAGACACUAUAAUAGUUAGGGCCUCCCUUACACCCCAAAAUAUGUUGUGGUGUUUUCCACUCAACCUACUCUGUUUUUGUCGUUAUAGUAACUAAAAAUCAAUAAAUGUUUCCUUCAAACAAAACUGAAAAAAA